AUGGUCAACGCGGGCAAGCGAUCAAAGUGUUGUUUCAUGUGUCGCCAACGCCGAGUCAAGUGCGAUUUACAAAAGCCACACUGUCAGCGUUGUACGGAUGGCGGACGUACCUGUCCCGGCUACCCGGAGGCCUGGGACGUCUUGCUUCGCGUGCAGAAUGCUUUCGCCGAGAAGAAGGUGCAGCUGCGGGUGGAGAAAUGCCUACGAGCGAGAAGAUGUGAGCAGGUUGAGAGACGGGCAGUCACCAGUAUCCCGCGUGGAGUUCACCUCCCUACCGAGAUCCACAGCUGGAACCAUUUCUACAGGGAUUAUGCAGCUGACUCGGGCUUUACGUUCUUCAACCUUCUCCCGAGAUUUUAUACCGACAGCUCAUUCAUGUGCUGUCAGGAAGCAUUCCAUGCCGUUACCUUGGCUAGCUUAGCUCGCCAACGUCACCAGUCCGAAUUGAUGGUUCGGGCCAGGUGGCACUACGGUAAGGCAAUUACGGCGCUUAACUCUGCACUGAACGAUCAGGUUAUGACUGCUGAUGAUUCUGUCCUCGUGACUCUACUUACGCUCUCGCUCUUUGAGACGAUCGUGCCAGAGUCCCUAGAGACAAUGAUGUCUGAUGUUGACUUCCGCUGCCAUAUCCAUUUCCGCGGAGCAUUGCUACUCCUUCGAUGGCGUGCUGAGAGGUGCCGGAAUUCGGACCUGGAUAAGCGCAUCUUCGCCUUCUUCUCUUACAUUUGUUUCAUGGGUAUGUUUGUGAAUCACGAGUCCGGUGACUCGAAGUGGUCGGCCUUGGAGGAAUUCACGACUCCGUGGAUGGAUAGUCCCCUUCUAGAGCCAAUUCUUCAUCGGGCGGUACAGUUUAAGAGGCGGGCUCGACUUCGACUCACUGGACUAGAGAAUUCCACAUCUAAAACGGACACGCUCCUGAAACUAAUUAAGGAUGGGAUUAGCAUUAGCUAUGAUCUCGAAGCCGUAGCCACAAGUAUUCGGUGCUCCUCCAGUGCAGGUCAGCAACAGCCAACCGCAUUCAAUGACCUGAUUGAGGUCUCUACCCAAACCACAGAGGCAAUUGCGAGGAGUCUAUAUCGAACCAUCAGAUAUCACAUCAUGGAGCUGGUCCUGGGCUUGAAAAUAGCCCUUGAAGCGGAAGAGAAGGAGCAUGUGGGGAUUACCGCUCGCCAUACCCUCGUCGACCAUCAGCGGUUCCCGCAUGAAGGGCUUAUAGUAAUCCUUGAACAAACUUGCGAUGAUAUUUGCGCUGUUCUUGACUUCAGCAGCGCAGCCGCCGGAGAGGAGAAGAAAGCCUGGCUCCAAGAGAAGCUUCGAUUCAUCGCUUUCCAAAAGCCUUUGUCCUUAGCCACACUGACAACCAUGGCACCCACUUGCAAUGCGGAGACGAGGGCCAGUGAUCUUGUCCGUCACUACAGCCCUCACAUCUCCGGCAAAACCAUUUUGAUCACGGGUGUCUCCCCUGGAAGCCUUGGUGAAAGCUUUGUCAAACAAGUCGCCGUCGCACAGCCGGCCAUGUUUAUCCUAGCCGGUCGCUCCAUCCCCAAGAUGCAGCUCCUCAUCGACGAGCUGCACAGCACGCACCCACGCAUUGAGGUCAAGCCCCUCGAGCUUAACCUACUCUCGUUCAACGACGUCCGCAAAGCAGCCGAGACCCUCAAUGCCUGGGCCGACGUGCCUCACAUCGACGUCCUGGUCAACAACGCCGGCAUCAUGGCCGUACCUUACAAACUAACCGAAGAUGGAUUCGAGAGCCAGUUCCAAACAAACCACCUCAGCCACUUCCUCUUCACGAAUCUCAUCAUGGGGAAGAUCCUGGCCUCGCCAGCCCCACGCGUGGUCCUCAUCUCCAGUGGCGUGCACCGCGUCGGUCAUAUCCGCUGGUCGGACUAUAACUUCAACGAGGGCAAGACCUACCAGCGGUGGUUGUCGUACGGCCAGUCGAAGACGGCCAAUGCCCUGAUGGGCCUCGCACUUGCCGAAAGACUCGGGUACCGCGGUCUUCUCGCCUUUCCCAUGUGUCCCGGUACCAGUUUCACGAACCUCUCGGCUCACGGGAAGGACGACCUGGUCUCCUUUGCUGCGGAUCUGACGGAAAUGGAUAACGUCUAUGGUAAUAAGUGGAUGUGGGGUAUGGCAGAGCUGAAGUUCAAGGACUUGGAUCAGGGCGUGGCGACGCAUGUUUUUGCUGCGUUCGAUACCGGCAUUGUGGGAAACAACGGUGCCUUCUUGAGUGAUUGCCAUGUUGCGGAUCCGGAUAAGGAGGAGGUCUACUCGUGGGCUACGAGUAAGGCUGAUGCAGAGAGGUUGUGGAAGUUGAGUGAGAAGCUUGUUGGUCAGGAGUUUAACUAUUGA